AGAAGAAAAAAGAUUGGGGGUUGUGUUGUGUGUGUGCUUUGAUUUGAGGAGGACUAGAAAGCUCGCCCCAAGUCUCAACUCUCAACGCAACUGCUUUGCUGAGACUCUCAACAGAAAGCGGUUACACCUUUUUCCGAUCUCUCUAACAGAACAACAACAACAACAAAAAGCGGUUACACUUUUUUUUCCCGAUCGGUGAAAAAGUAACCAUGCCUUCCAGAAGAAGAACUCUAUUGAAGGUCAUCAUUCUCGGUGACAGCGGGGUAGGGAAGACAUCUUUGAUGAAUCAAUAUGUGAAUAAGAAGUUUAGCAACCAGUACAAGGCAACCAUCUUUUUUUUUUUUUUUUUUUUUACUAUUCUUUAUUCUUAUUUUAAUAUUUGCUCCUUGCAGAUUUGGGAUACAGCUGGUCAGGAAAGAUUCCAAAGCCUAGGAGUUGCUUUCUACCGUGGGGCUGAUUGCUGUGUUCUUGUAUAUGAUGUUAAUUCAAUGAAAUCAUUCGACAACCUUAACAACUGGAGGGAGGAAUUUCUGAUUCAGGCUAGUCCUUCCGAUCCAGAGAAUUUUCCUUUUGUUGUUAUAGGAAACAAGGUAGAUAUUGAUGGUGGAAACAGUAGAGUGGUUUCGGAAAAGAAGGCUCGGGCUUGGUGUGCAUCAAAAGGAAAUAUCCCAUAUUUUGAGACAUCUGCCAAGGAAGGUAUUAACGUUGAAGAAGCAUUCCAGUGCAUAGCCAAGAAUGCCCUGAAAAGUGGGGAAGAAGAGGAAUUAUACCUACCCGACACAAUUGAUGUUGGAACCAGCAGUCAGCAACGGACAACAGGUUGUGAAUGCUGAGAUAUAGACUUGUUUUCAAUACAAUAAAAUUUGUCUGUGUUAGCUAUUUCUGGUGUCUGAGGCUUCAUUGUACAUUGGUGUUUGCUCAAAAACAUAUUGGUCAAGACCUAUUUGCAUGGUGCCUGUUUGAUCGGAUUAAUUUUUCACCUUGUAUGUCAUUCCAUUAUUGUGACAGGCUUGCACGGCUAAGAUAAUCCUCCAGUUAUGAAUA